AGAGCCGAAGAUGUCGGCUCGGUCCCAUGUGAUCAGCUGUGUCCAAUCACAGCUGAUCACAUCAGUGCCACCUGUCAGUGUCCAUCAGUGCCAGCUCUCAGUGCUCAUCCAUGCCACCUGCCAGUGCCCAUCAGUGCCACAUUUCAGUGCCCAUCAGUGCCACAUCAAUGCCACAUAUCAGUGCCCAUCUGAGCUGCCUUUCAGUGUCUCCCAUCAGUGCCAGUCAGUGCCACCUAUCAAUGCCAGUCAGUGCCACCCGUCAGUGCCAGUCAGUGCCGCCUAUCAGUGACAGUCAGUGCCACCUGUCAGUGUGCAUCAGUGCCACCUAUCAGUGCCCGUCAGUGCUGCCUAUCAGUGCCGUCUAACAGUGCCAGUCAGUGCCACCUAACAGUGCC